AUGGUCCUCCUGUGCUGGUGGCACAGGCUGAACCCGGCCAUGUCCGACCCCAUCGAUAUCCCCCUCAAGAGAAGCCGCCUCGGAGGGGCGGCUCGUGGGACUCGCCCUUUUCCAGAAGAUGAGGGACCGUACAUGGGCUAUAUCGAAAUAUUUCAAAAUGGUCACAUCUACCAAGCCGUGUCCUCCGGCUCCGGUAAGUAUGUCACAGUCGGUUCACGAUGCGACAUGCCUACUCUCGCUUUCAUCGUUGAGAAGAAUAGGGUGACAAAGACGACUACGAUAGCCGUGCAUGGGAGAGAUCUGAAGCGCGCGAUUGCACGCGCCAUUCCCGAGGUCAAGGUCAAACCAUUUGAGCUAGCCCUCGACUUCAACACAGUUGUCAAGCACUAUGCUGACUUGAAGGCCGAGGCUGCCUACUUGUCCAUGUGGGAACCUUACAGCGAUACGACCAAGGAACUGGAAAUGCUGGUCAAUGACCUCCUGUUGGAGCGUGCCCUCUAUGAUGGCCUCGACCUUGCAUCCCUUCGAGAGCAGGGUAUUCUCUCCAGCACACACAUCCAUGCCAUCCGCGAGAGAUGCAUCGACCUUGGCUUGGCUGAUCUAGAGAUCUGCCACCGUAUCGGUCAAUCAUCUGAACAUCAAAAGGAAGAAUACCUGAAAAGCCAGAAUUACAGAAUUUACCAGCUUGCGAUGGAGGGCAACCUUGGUGAUCUGGUCGCAUUUUGCGAGCCCCUCCUUAGGUCCAGAGAGAUCGAGGUGUUUUUCAACUCUGAUCUCCUUCGGCAACUCCUCGACAAGGACUUCUUCGAUAUCUACCAGUACCUGCUGGAUCUCAUCGACCGCACAAGACCGACGGCAGUGGAUGUGCCUGAUCCUGACUACCCCGACAUAACAUACGAUCCGUUUUGUGUCGCUAUUCGUCUCGGCCAUUACCCUACAGUUCAAGCCAUGGUGGUUGAAGAAACAACCUUUGAAGGGUACAUUGCGGACGACCUUGAAGCGGGCGUUGACCGCGUCUUAACACCGCUCCUAGCUGCAGUCCUGUGGAAUCGCUCCGAAAUGAUCCAGAUGUUCAAACAGUCUCCCAUAUAUUGUGGACGUAUGACACAGGCCGUUCACCUUGCCGCCGAGGUGGGGUUGCCGACUAUCAUGCAGACUCUCAGCGAUACUCCCCAGAUGAAGGCUGGGUAUGGCCCGAUGGUGAACAGGUAUCCCCCACAGAGUCUAUCGGAAAGGCUUCUUGAGCUGCCACAGCAGGACUUGUCCUGGAUCAACUCGUCACCAGUUCCUCUAUCACCUAUUGGAGAUGCGAGUCUAUCUAGUAUCAGCUACGCGGCGCAUAGUUGGGGUCUUGAGGCUCAACCACCAUGGGAGAGUUUUGCAUCCAUUACUGCAACCGACUCUCCCGCGAUGGCUACUGCUUCCGUCUUCACGCCUGCCACGUACUCAAGUCUGCCUACCCCAGUCGAAGAAGUCAUGAACCCACUUUCAGCCUUCUCUCCUGCUUUGCCGUCACCAACUGGGGUCUGUGUCUCUACGCUCGCCAGUCCGCAUGGCUUCGGUCAGAUGGAUAAGCCGCUACCGAUACCCGCACGGCCUAGGGAUGUCCCUCUAUUCAUAGGCCACACUAAGAGCUACAGAAAGCGUCACAAGUCUGGGCGCGCCUCUCUGGUGCGGCUUGAACGGCGGUGUCAGAUCGUGGGUAGUGUCUGCGGUAACUGCAUCAAUCAACACGAGUAUCUAGAGAUAUCGAGUCGAUGUGCCGAUACUCAUAGUGCCUGGAAAUUGGGACUCGGAUCUCUCCGCAAGAUCAUGAAUAACCUAGCACCCUGCGGUCUCGCCGAGACUCUCGCCAGCCUCUUGGUGGCGGAUGCUCUGGUCUGCCAAAUUUCUCAGGAGGAAGGCCUUAUAUCUCAAUUUGUCGCUGAUCUAUGGCGUUGGAGGAGUGGUCUCACUCAAGUUGAAAUGGCCUUGUUUGACAAGAUUGCUUGCGCUGCUUGGAACAUCGACACCAUUCCCAUCUCAAUUUCGAACACUUGCAAGCCUAGAUUUGGCAACAUGAUAAGGGAGCUUGUCUCUUGUAAAACUUUGGAGCCAACUGGGACAGUGUCGCGUGGCAUUCGAUUAGAGUCGAUCCAGCGACAAAUGAAGACUCACGAGAAGCAUCCGAGGCGCCUCAAGCGAAUUCAAGAAAACAGCACUCCACAAAGCGUUGAGGAUUUGCAGGAUGGUCGGCCUCAAUCUCCUGACCUGGAGGGAUUGUGGAAGACGUCUAUCCGCAUAGAGGAUUUCUUUGAUGCGCCAGCUUAUCACAGAGACUCAAUGCUGCCCGAAUCAUCAGACGGAAAGCCUGUUCAUGCCAGCGUGGCCAUAUUACUUGAAUCGGUGGCCUUUACAGUAUUUCUCGCAGCAGCAUCGUCGACCCAGCAUACCCUGGAAGAUGACCAGCCGCAGUCUGUUGCAUCGCCACUCUCAGUUGAUAACCAAUCCCGCGCGAUGGUGGAAGAAUUUCUUAGCCUGAAGUCUGAGGAUGAGUUCUCGUAUGAUUCCGGCAUUGGCAUGGACUCACCCGUCAAGAACUCUGUAAGCCGGUACAUACUGGAGAUGCGGAAGGCGAGUGAGAAGCGGACUCGGCUGCCGUCGAUGACCCCCAUGACAUCGAAUUUGGCGAGCCUAGCAGGGUUUCGCUCACCAACGGACUCCACCGAGGCCAUUACAAGUUCCAUCUCAGGUGCGCCACCGGCGAUGACGGCGGCGACUACUGUCUUGCCGCCGGCGGAAACGUUGGAUACAUUGGGUUUAGGCGAGACACCGGACGACCUCGACUUCCAGGGCCUUGGAUUCCUUGACUUCCAGGACCCCGAAUUCCUGGGCGUCGACCCCCAGGCCUUUGGGAGUUAUCACCUUGAUUUCCAAGCUCAAACGCAGGAACCUCAGAGCCAGGAGACUCAACAUCUGGAGUCUCCUUUGCCGGUCAGCGACUCGUCCGCUGGUACAACACCCCCAACGACCACGACUACGACCAAGAGGAAGCCCAGCUGCCCUCAAUGUGAAAAGACAUUUUCGAGCGUGAGCAACCGUAACAAACACAUCAGGGAGGGUUGUCGGUUCGGAGAAAAGUCGACAUAUCCUUGCAGCUAUCAAACUUUGGGAUGCACCAAGUCGCUCAGCUCAUACUGGUACCGACAGCGGCAUGAGGAGGACCGCUGCAAAUACAAUCCUUCAAGAGCCCGUCGAUGA